AGUAAUGGUAAUACGAUCCGAAUCCGCACAGAAAUUAGUCGGCAAAAACUGCACCAAACUUCCCUCCUCACUUUGAGACGCUCAUCAUCACAAGCUUUUUUGAUCCGACCAAGAUGAGGAGAGUUUAUCUGCGUUCUCGUACUUCUGGUUCAUCUUCAUCGCCUGCUGGAUUGCACUGCAAGAGGCUAGCACGGACCGCAUCUUUACAGGAGCAGCAAGUCCGGAGCAUUGGAACAUCUUCAAGCUCAAGUAGUAGCGACUGGAGACAGCGACACGGUCGUGGAUCUUAUCAUGCGUCCGACAGAGGAGAAUUUCAGGCGAGAGGUCGACGACAGCGUCCAUGGGAACGUGACGGGGGAGGAUUUGGCGGCACGCCGGGACGCGCAAGUGAUCAGGCGUGGUCUACGAGGCAAGAGCCUGAAGAAGCGGAGCCAGAGCCGAUCAACUGGCGUGAAAAACAAGCCGAGAGCGCAAAGCAUGCAACGAGUAGCAUUGCUUCACUUAGCGACUACACUAGCCUGCCGGGAAGCAACUACUCGCUUACCUCUGAGUUUUAAGAAAGCAGGCUCUGUAGUAUCGUUCUGCAACCUUAUUCGCGUGCAGUGAGAAUCCGAAUCGAUAAAUCCUGCUUGUUUAUUGUUCUAAGAUGGAGCUGACCUGAUUGGCCUGGGUAACGCCGAAAAAUUAAAAGCGCAACUUGUGCGAUGCAAAGAAGCCAAAUUUGACGAGAACGCGAGAAAAGACAUCAAAAAGUUAAGGCUCAUUGGUCACUGAGAGUGGUCACUGACACUGAAGAGGAGCUCCCUUGAGAGAACAGGGGAAUACGAAGGGAAAAUAACAGGAGAGGCAUGUUGGGGCCCUUUUCUUUCAGCAUCAUUGGCCACUGACUGCCGACCUUUAAAAAAGGGCCAGGAAAAGCUACCCCCACUGCUUGGGCCCAACGAUCAGAAGUUGGGCGUGAAGAUACGCGACGGUGCGACCGUAAUGCACGACACGCUCACUCCUUACACGGUUAAGGCAAUAAUGCCUAAUGAUUCAGUGAUUGAAGGGAAAAUAAUUACUAUUUCAUUGAAAGAGCAAAACUACGAUUCUUAGCCCGCUAGAACUUCAUUUAGAUCGACGUAAGUACGUAAAUUAAAAAGAUGGGCGUAACCUAAAUGAUGUCGACUAAAAUCAAUGGUCUCAAACCUACUACAUUUAGCAUCUACAUCGAUCUAUAUCAUCUAUCCCUGUGUCCUCCAGCAAUUUUUUAGAACUGUUCAAUCAGGAGGAGGUAUGCAUCUAGAUGCUUGUUGUAGUGCUUCUAAUCCCGAUUUCGCAGGGAAUCGUUUUCCGACCCUGAGUACGGCGAAGAAUUGGCGUUACCUCGAGUCACGUGGUUUGAACCAGCUGCAACCGCGAAAGUUUCCGAUCCAUGUAGAGUCUCACCUGCGACUGGACCCUUACUUAAGGCUCAACUUUCAUUGGUCACUGGGAGUUGUCACUGAGAUCGAAAAGGGGCGCCCGCGACAGACAGGGGAAAACUAAGAGAAAACAAGUAGAGAGAUGUGUAUUGUAGAUAGGUAUCGGGCCCUUCCCGUAAUGAUCAGUGACCAAUGAGAGUCGACCUUUAACGUACCUUCGGGAGUAUAUCUUCUUCCUGCAUUCGUGGGACCCCCAACGCUUCACGAUUCCACGGAUUGCAGAGCGCUAUCGACUCAAGGAGAAAACUGUCGUUCGCGUAGUCAAGGAAUUCGGUCUUAACUAUUUUUUUUAUGGAUGUUGGGCUCACUAGUUGUACAAGUUGUUGUAUGAUUUCUCGCACUGUCGUGUGCUCUCUGUCAUCUCAAAGCCUAUUCAUGUUUUGAGCAAGAAAAUUCAAAUCAAAGUUGUUAAAGUGAGGAAAUAUUCUUCAUGCUUUGCGUGCCUCGGGGAUGACUAGUACGCGACGGCGGCAGAUUCAACGAAGCGCCCGGAUGGCGGAGAAGAAGGCGCAGGCUUUCGCUGUGGCCGUAGGUUUUGACCAAAUGGGUGAUGGGGAAGAAGACGUGCACGCCCAAUCGGACGACUUUCAGGGUUGGAAAGGUACCCAGGAUUGGGUCCGGCGUCAGAACACUGAGGUGGAGAUGAUGUCUGCCUUUCCUCUGCGGGAAAAACGAAAUCCAAUCCCUAAGCGCGUCGACGUGGACUUAGUCGUGGGGCAAACGCCCGAAGCAAAAAUCAUAAACUGGAUUGAUCCACAUGACAGGGUUGUCUUCUAAAAAAUGCCUGAAGAAGAGUCGAUCUUGUUUGAUGAGCAGAUAGUGAUCUUGAGAUACUCGCGAAUAUAAUCUUCACACGCAGGAGGAGGUAUUCGUAUCAAAGAUAGUUUGAUGUGAAUGUAAAAGUAAAUCUCCAAAAUAGAAGAAAGAGAUUGCUAUGUUCGGAUUGGUAGUACUGCUGCUGCCGCAACGUACAUCCUCGGAUGCUGAAAUGUUCUCCUAUUUUUCUGCAGCACUUCUUGAGAACAUGAAACUAGCAACGAU